UCGAUUCAGAAAAUCAACCACCCACUUUUUGGCUGCUCAUUUAAAGAUCUUACUUUGAUAAAUGAAAAAAAAAAUGGUUUUUAUUCUGAAUUUAUUUUUAAAUGUACGAUGUGUAACAAAUUAGAAGUCAUAACAACUGAAUGUAAUAAUUCUUCGUCGGUGUGCAUAAAUACAGCAGUGGUUACAGCAGUUGUAAAUACUGGACAAGGAUUUUCCCAAUUGGACACUUUUACAGCAGUUUUAAAUAUGCCGAAUAUUUCCAAUCCAAGUUACCAAAAAUAUCACAAUGACGUAAAAAAGCACACCGAAGAUUUGGCUUUUGAUGCGGUGAUUGAUGCUGGGAAAGAAGAAGCUGCGUUAGCUGUAAUGGAAAAUAAUGUCAAUGAAAACGGAAUUCCAUUGAUUACAGUGAUAGCUGAUGGCGCAUGGUCAAAGAGAUCUUAUAAAAGUGGCUAUAAUGCUUUGUCUGGUGUAGCGUCUAUCAUUGGGUAUAGGACCAAAAAAGUUUUUUUUAUGGGCGUUCGUAAUAAACACUGUUCAGUUUGCCAAAAUAAUGAAAAUAGUGAAAAAGAAUCACCAUCUCAUCAGUGUUUUAAAAAUUGGAAUGGGACUUCUACUGCCAUGGAAUCCGAUAUAAUUGUCGAGGGAUUCUGUCAAAGUGUGACUAUGCAUAAUUUAAUAUAUGAUAAAUUAAUUGAAGAUGGAGAUUCAAGUGUAAUGAAGAAGUUAACACUUUCUAAACCUUACGCAGAUUACGACAUAGAUGUAAAAAAAAAUAGAAUGUAUGAACCAUAUUUUAAGAAACUAUUGUAA